AUGGACGAGAAGCAGCCCUUCCUGGCGCCGACAGCCGACCCUGAGCCGCCUCGAGCUCGAGCUCAACGGCCACGGCCACGACACGCCAGAGGCCUGCUGCUGUUGACCAGCUUCUUGGCCUGCUUUGCCGUGGUGCACUACUCUGCGAGAUUCCUACUGUCUGGGCGCCACCACCAAUGCUCACAUCAUCACCACCAGAGCCAGCGACACAGCUAUGAGGGCGAGCACAUCAGCUGGGAGACAUGCGGCGAGAUCAGCGGCCGGUCCGUCGAGUGUAGCACUAUCACGGUGCCAAUGGACCAAUUCAACGCCACCAAUUCGGGCGACAAGGUCUUCACCGUGCCAUUGAUCCGCAUGCGCGGGAAGAAUGCCACCCAGAACCUGCUGCUGAAUCCCGGCGGGCCCGGCGGCUCUGGCGCCGAGUUCCUUUUCCGCCGCGGCGACCAGCUGCAUACCAUUGUCGGCGAGGGGUUCCACCUGCUGUCCUUUGACCCGCGCGGCAUCAACGGCUCCACCCCCAAGGCCCUUUGCUUCCCCGAUCGUGAAACCCGCCGUGACCUUGCCGCGCCGCCGGCGACGCGCCUCAUCGAGGAUAGCGGCCCGUCCUACGCCUACGCCCAUAACUUUGUUCGGGGCUGUGCUGACACGAUGGGCGAGCACGGCCUCUACAUCAACACUCCACAGACCGCCGCCGACAUGAACAGCAUCCUGGACGCAGUCGGGCAGAAGGACAUGGUCUACUGGGGUUUCAGCUACGGCACGCUGCUGGGCCAGACCUACGCCGCAAUGUUCCCGGAGCGGUCGCACCGUGUCAUCAUCGACGGAGUUGUCAACCAGUUCGACUGGUACCAGGAGCUUGCCAGUUCCGAGGAUCUGGUCGACACGACGAAGGUGCUCGAGGGCUUCUUCAGCGAGUGUAUCAAGGCGGGCGAGGACUGCCCCCUGUCGACAUUCGCCAAGUCGGCCGAUGAGCUGCAUGACAAGGUGCUGGGCUUCGCCGACAGCAUCUACGAGGAGCCUCUGAGCGUGUACAUCAACAACACCUCCUACGGACUGCUCGACUACCCCAAGAUCCUCUUCGAGGGCAUCUUCCCCGUCCUUUACAAGCCCGCCAACUGGUACCCCCUCGCAGACAAGCUCGCCAAGCUGUUCCAAGGCAACGCGACCGAGGCGUUUCUGGCCUACGGGCAGGGCGACCCGUUCGGGCUGGAUGGCGACGCCAACACCUUCGUGACCCUCAACGACAUGCGGUCCGGGCCGAAGUACUGGCCGCAGGACCGCCAGUCAGCGCUGGAGAUCGUCGCGCCCGCCUUCAACGCAAGUCUAUUCGGGCCGGCCAUGUACAGCGGCGUCUACGCGCAGCAGCAGUGGCGCAUCCCGCAGACGCACACCUACGUCCCGCGCCGCGGCGUCGAGACGGCCCACCCGCUGCUGAUCCUCUCCACCACGUACGACCCCGUGUGCCCGCUCGUGUCGGCGCGGUCCGCCAACGACGCGUUUGCGCGCUCGCAGAUCGUCGAGGUCAAGGGCUACGGCCACUGCUCUGUGGCGGUGACGUCGUCGUGCCUUGCCAAGCACGUCAGGGCGUUCUUGUACAAUGGCACGCUGCCUGAGACGUACACGCAGUGCGAGGUCGAUGGGCCUUACUUCGUCAAGCCUGACGAGAACGGCAAGGCUGUGGCUGCGCUGCGGGAGUUUGAUGACCCUGAGGAGGCGAGGAUCCAUAUGGCGCAGCUGCAGCUUGCGAGGGACCCUGACUGGCCGGUCUGGUUGCGGCGGUGA